UCACUAGUUCAUUGUAUUGAUGAAAAUGGCCGCUUGAUAUUGUAUUCAGAAUGAUUGCAAAUAUUAUUUCGGAAUUUACCAUGGAAUCUUUUAAUAUUGUCUCAAAUUUGGAAGUUGAUGUUGAUUCUGAUUGUGCAAAUAUUACUUGUGAUUGUAAGUGUCGAUUAAAUUGUAAAGAUAUUCUUGAAAAUCAAAAACAAUACGGAUACGCACAACAGCCUUGCAAUAAGAAUUGUCACGCCUUCAAAGGCCGUCCUUGGCGGAAAAAUUCAGUAAAAGGUGCAUUUUUUGAAAGUGGAGGCGGAGAAGUUUGGACUUAUUGAAGUAUCAUAUGGAGCCUUCUAGAAAUCAAUUGUACCUAAAUUGGCAAUCCCCUGUAACAUAUUAUCCUUUGAUCAAACAAUCAAAGAUGUAUUCAACAUUGAAUUCUCCCAAAUCCCCAAUAGAGAAAAUGGAUUCAAAGCAAGCAUUAAAUAUGCAUAUCCCCCCAAUUGUCAUGACACCUAAAAAAGGGAAUAUAUUUCAAAAUAUGUACAAUUCAUUGGCAACAAUAUUUGUCGAUCAACUCGCAAAAGUGCCAACAACAUUGAUUAAUCAUUUUACAAAUGUCAAUAAUUCCUUGAGUGUCACUAUUGUUCCAAAUGAGGGUAUAAUAUCACAUGAAUUUUUUAAAACUCUAACUGGUCAUAAGGAUCUUUUGCCAGAAAAUAUGUAUAUACAAUGUAUUCAAAAUAAGGAUUCAACAUUUGAAUUUAUUGAUACAACAAAAUUGAAUAAUAAAGUUCACAUACCAAAGGACGAAUUUCUCGGUAGCACAAACGAUUCUAAAUUUCCAAUUAUGGAUGAUUUUGAUUUGUGCUUGGAUUUAGAGCCGAAGUUUUUAUACGAGAAAGCAUUCGACAAUAAUCAUAGUAUAAAUCGAAAAAUUAUUAAUGAUAACAAUAAAUCGAAUGAUUGUAAAACUAAUAUGGAAAAUAUUAUUGACAAAAUUAUUUCAAAGGACGAAAUUAUAAAUAAGGACAAAUUGGAGGAGGAGUGUGAUACUAAAUUAUCUUCAAAUAAUUCACAAUUAAUGGAGAAUAUUCCCACGUCAAAUUCAUUUUCCAAUAUGUGGAAUACAAUUGUCAGUGGUGUAACAGAUCAUUUUCGUUCAUUAUCACCGGCACCAAAAGUUUGUAUGAAAAAUUAUCAAUUGAAAAAUCGCCGAAAGGCAAAUUGUGUGUCCAUUGGACGUGGACGUGGUAGGGGAAAAUCUCAAUUAAGACGUAAUGGUGUAAGUCAAAGUAGACAUAGAAAAGAAAGAAGUAAACAUCAAAUUUCAACUGAUAUUCAAGAUGAUUUUGAUACAUGGGAAGAAUUUGAAUCUUACUCCGAAUCGAUUAAUUGUCUUGGACCCGAUGAUGAUUUUGACAAAAUGAUAGAUUGUGACAAUCCAUCUUAUUCGUUGAACUUUGAACUAAUUGAUAUUAAACCGAAAAAAAUUAAACAAAAAAAGAAGAAGAAGAAUAUUCUCGUGAAAACCGAUAUGUUCUCGAUGAAAGUCAAAUUUGUACCUGAAUGUUCCUUGGGGGAAAGAGAGGCAACUUGUACCAUAGAUAAGACUGCCUUUCGUCCUAGACUGAUUUCGGAAGCUUCUGUUGAUUCUGAAGACAGUUACAUUGUCUUUCAAACAGGCACGGAUUCAGAUUUCGACUGUUCAGAUGAAACUGAAAUCAGUGAUAGCGACACUGAUACCGAAAGUGAGACUGAUGAUGAACCAUUGAAAAAUAAGGUUCGUUUUAAUUUAAAUCCGACGAUUCACAAAAUGGUAAAAUGGGAUUUUGCAUAUCGAGCUGCACGUCUUGGUCCAUGGGAAGAAAUGGCGAGAGAUAGAGAAAGAUUUAAGGAUCGUAUUUAUUCAAUUGGUCGGAUUCUUGAACCCGUUUUAUCAUCUCAUGUCAGAAAUAAAAUUUGGAAUGAACGAUUUGCAACUAAGGAAUCACUGUAAAAGCCUUUAUUGUUUUACUUUCAAAGAAAUUGUAAAAUAUUUCGUUAACAAAAAUUAUAUCUUAAUUAGUCCACGUUAAUUUGACGAAGAGAAGGUAAGUUUUAAAUAAAAAAAAAUUUUUUAAACUAUUUAAAUAGAAAACGAUAAAUUUUUAUAAGGGAAAAACUUAUUUUUAAAAGGAAAGAAAUAAUAUCUCUCAUUAAUAACGCAUUUAUGCAUGUUUUCUACUAUAAAAUCUUAUAAAUAUAACGACUUCGAGCUUUAGUGUUUGUUUUGUAAGAGAUUAAUAUAUUAAAAUAGAAAUAAUAAUCAUUUUUUAAAUAAUAGAUUAUUCGUAGAUUAUUAUAAUUAUUGUUUAAAUUAAAAUAAAUUUAAUUAAUUAGUAUUAUCGUAACUUUUAAUUAGACUGCGAUUUUGAAAAUUUUUUUUAAAUGUACAAAGUGCAAUUUACUUUUGAAUAUUAAAUUUUAAAUUCUCUUCGCCAAAUUAUCUAAAUAUAUUUAAAGAAAAAAAAGAAAAUUUCAAGCGAUAAAAAUUUAAUUUCCCUAAAAGUUAUUUAUAAUCAUGAAGACUUAAAUUGGGACUUUUUUUUAAUUAAAAUUAAUUUUUUAAAAAAAUGUCUUUGUUAACAUAUGAAAAAUGUAAUUACAAUUUUUAAAUGUAAUUUUUUCUAGUUUAUAAUUGUUAUCGCGAAAAAUUUUUGUUUGAAGUAUUUAUCGAGAAUAUUUCUAUCACGCUGUAAGAAUUCUAUACAUAUGUAUAUUAAUGUGUUUAAAAUGAAAAGAAAAAAAAAUUAGAAGUGUAAGUUUCUGUAUAAAGAUACACGAAUUUCCACCCACGUGAGAAUUCCGCAUUUGGAAAAAUUAAUCUCACAAUUAAAACAAAAAUUACAAAGAAUAAAAUUGAAUAUUAUAAUAUUGGUGAUUAUUUUUUUUUUUUCUCUUUAAGUGAAAUAAAAGGCGGUAUUUACACGUGAUUGGGAAAAAGUGUUUAAUAUGUACAUGUAUUUUUAUGAAAAAUUCACAUCAAUAGUCGGAAAGAAUUUUUGCAGAUUUAAUUGAUGCAUUUUUAUCAGGUGCAAUAUUUCCUAUUAGAAAAGAAUUUGUAUCUGUUUUUUUUAAAAAAAAAAAAUAUCAAUUGGUCGUGAGAAGCAGGUCUCUUCAUUUUUCCAUCUGCAUUAAUUCUUUGUUUUCUAUCGAUGGUACUUGUAUUUAUGUAAAACUAAUAAAAUAGUUUGGAUUCAAA